CAUUAAAUGAUUUGAGUUAAUGUUCAGUUUUACCCGAAAUAAAAAUGAAAUGUAUUUAAUAUCACCUUAUUUAUGUAUAUUUAUUAUAUAAUUUGAAACCCCUUAAAUACUUCAACUUCUUCCCUCGUCUUGUCUUUUUUCUUCUUUCUUUUCUUCUUGUAUAGUCAAACAUUGUUAUAAAGAUGCCUUUUCUUUUAAAUCGCUUACCGUCUAUUGUCAGACCUUUAUCAACUGCUACUUCUCGUUCAAUUAAUCGUGCUGUUGUUCUUCCAUCAAUUGCAAGAUCCUUAACCACAGCUGCUACACAAAUUGCUUGUAAUAGCGAUGAGCCUUCUUUCUUACAAUCUGUUGAGAUGUAUUAUGAUCAUGCUGCUGGACUUAGCAAUAUUAAACCCCAUACACUUGCUCAUCUUCGUGCUGUCGAUAGUGUUCUUCGAGUCACCUUUCCUAUUGAAAUAGAAGAUGGGAAAUAUGAAGUAAUAGAAGGAUAUCGUGCUCAGCAUUCUCGUCAUCGUUUGCCAGUUAAGGGUGGUAUUCGUUUUUCUGAAGAGGUUGACUUACAAGAAGUUGAAGCAUUGGCCUCACUUAUGACAUAUAAAUGUGCUGUCGUUGAUGUCCCAUUUGGUGGUGCUAAAGGAGGUAUCAAAAUUGACCCUAAAAAGUAUACAGCCGAACAGCUGGAAAGAAUAACUCGUCGUUAUACUAUGGAAUUAUGCCAGAAAAAAUUUAUUGGUCCUGGCCUUGACGUACCUGCUCCUGAUGUUGGUACUGGACCUAGAGAAAUGGCAUGGAUUAUGGAUACUUACUCACAAUUUAACGUGGGCGACGUUAAUGCUGCUGGUUGUGUUACUGGUAAGCCUCUAUCGCUAGGCGGUGUUCGUGGACGUAAUGAAGCUACUGGUUUAGGUGUAUAUUAUGGUAUUCGUGAAUUCCUUAGUUACCCUGAAGUACAAAAUAAGACGGGUUUAAGUGGAAAAGUCUCUGAUAGUAGAGUUAUCGUUCAAGGCUUUGGUAAUGUUGGCUAUCAUGCAGCUAAAUUCUUUGAAGAAAAUGGAGCAACUAUUGUAGGUAUUGGUGAAAGGAAUUGUUCUAUUUAUGAUCCUAAAGGUUUAAACGUUGAGGAGCUUUUCAAAUAUUAUCGCUCUAAUCAAACUUUCCAUGGUUUUUCUAAUACCGCACAAGUUUCUGAAGAACCUAGUAAGAUCCUUGAAGCUGACUGUGAUAUUCUUAUUCCUGCCGCUCUUGAACGUCAAAUCGGUCUACGUAAUGUGCGCAAUAUUAAAGCAAAGAUUAUCGGCGAGGGAGCUAAUGGUCCUGUUACCCCAGGUGCUCAUAAAAUUCUUGAGGAAUCAGGAAAAGUAGUGAUUCCUGAUUUACUUCUUAAUGCAGGAGGUGUAACUGUUUCCUAUUUUGAAUGGCUAAAGAACUUGUCUCAUGUUCGAUUUGGUCGUAUGAAUAAGAAAUGGGAUGAACGCGCUCGUUCCAAAGUAGUUGCCCUAGUAGAAGAAAACGCAGGACGUGUAUUGACAGAAGCUGAGCGUAAAGCAAUUGUUCAUGGUGCUGAGGAAGCUGAUCUUGUUUAUUCUGGUCUUGAGGAUACUAUGAUUCAAGCUUGUCAAGAAACUAGACAGACUGCUCAACUUAAGAACGUUGAUUUUAGAGCUGCAGCUUAUAUUAAUGCUAUUCAAAAAAUUGCAGCCGUUUAUGAAGGCUCUGGCAUGCUCUUUAUGCAUUAAACCUUAGAUAUGAAACGUACGUAUUUUUGUACUAUAUGUAAAUAAAGUGCAUACAUACAUAUAUAUAUACAUAUAUAUAUUUCCUCCUCAGAUAAAAGGAACUAUCUUAAUUUAAUAAAUGAGU